AUGUUCGCAAAGUCGCUCAUUUACCUCACUGCUGCGCUUGGCGUCGCCAAUGCCGGCACCACCUACAAGGCUACCAUGACGGCCUACGGCUCCAGUGACAACAACGGCUCGGGAAACUGCGUCAAGACAGGUGCUUGCGGCUUCUAUUUCAACCCCGGCUACUCUGCAGCCGUCUCCCAGAACCUUUACGGCGCGGGCCCUGGUGAGGGCGCUGGUCCUGCUUGCGGCAAGUGCUAUGCUUUGACCGCGGAGAAGGACAGCACUGGCAACACUCUCAGCGGCACUAAGACUGUUGUUGUCCGCGUCGACAACCUCUGCCCUGCUUCCGGCAACAACGUGUGCUCGAUGGGCUCGCUUUCGGAGACGAACUCGUACGGCGCGAACGUUAACUUCGACCUGUGCAUCGACUCGGGCGCCAAUACGGCCGUGUUCGGCGGCAACGACAUCGGCCUGGCGCAGGGUACGGCCGAGGAGGUCGACUGCUCUCAGUGGAGCGGCACUCAGAUCGGCUCCGGCUGGAAGAGGCACGCCCACAUUUUCUCCGGUUAG